UGUGCACUGAUAGUAGCAAUCAGAGGGCUGAGAAGGGAACAUGGAGACCAGAGCGGAAAAGCGGGAGCAGUGGAAGAAGAAAAGGGAAUAUAUUCUGGCAGCAGCAGGCAAUGUGGUGGGACUGGGCAACUUGUGGAGAUUCCCCUACCUGUGCUAUAAGAAUGGAGGAGGCGUCUUCCUGUUGCCUUACUUUUUCUUUGCUGCGCUGUGUGGCGUGCCACUCUUCCUGCUGGAGACUGUGAUUGGUCAGUACACACAGGAGGGCGCCGUCACCUGCUGGACCAAACUCUGCCCACUGGCACAGGAGUUCUUUCUGAUGUUGACUUUAUGGAUUAAAAAAGGAACUGGUUUUUCCUUGAUAAUGAUCCAGCUGUAUUCCAGAACCUACAGCAUUAUCCUGGCCUGGGCCCUCUUCUACCUCAUCUACUGUUUCCAAGACCCUCUGCCCUGGGCUACCUGCAACAAUCCCUGGAACUCGGACAGAUGUGUGGACCUCAUCUCAGCUAACUGGACUGCAGCACACAGCAGCAACAUGACAGUAAACAGGACGUCUGGAAAUCUCACCAAGUCUUCAGUCUCCGAGUUCUGGGAGAGAGGAGUGUUGUCCAUGUCUGGGGGAAUAGAGGAGGUUGGGACGGUAAAGUGGGAGCUGCUGCUGUGUCUCCUGGCCUGCUGGGUGGCCUGCUACUUCUGCAUAUGGAAAGGUGUCCGCUCCACAGGAAAGGUGGUGUAUUUCACGGCUGUGUUCCCCUACGUGAUGCUGGCCGUCCUGCUGGUCCGGGGGUUGACGCUGCCGGGAGCCUGGCAGGGUGUGGUCUACUACCUGUAUCCAGACCCUUCUCGCCUGGCAGACCUUCAGGUGUGGAUGGAGGCCUGCGCUCAGGUCCUCUUCUCCUAUGGUGUUGCAUCAGGGACUUUAAUCACACUGGGCAGUUACAACAAAGUCAAGAACAGCUGUUACAGGGAUAGCCUGUGGCUGUGUGUGCUCAACAGUGGCACCAGCUUUGUUGCCGGCUUUGCAGUCUUCUCAGCUCUGGGCUUCAUGGCCCACAAACAGGGAAUUCCCAUCAACAUGGUUGUAGAGUCAGGUCCUGGCCUGGCGUUCAUCGCGUUUCCUCAGGCUGUAGCCAUGAUGCCCCUGCCUCAGCUGUGGGCCGCCUGCUUCUUCAUCAUGCUCAUUCUGUUGGGCCUGGACACACUUUUUGCAGGUUUGGAAACGAUAACGUCAUCGCUGAUCGACAUUUUCCCCCGGCGCAUGCGCAGACCGUGGCGCAGAGAAAUCUUCCUCGUCUUCUUCUGCUCUGUCUGCUUCAUGCUACAGAUCCCUCUCACCGCUCAGGGAGGAGUCUACCUGUUCCAGCUAAUUGAUUACUAUGGGGCUAAUGGAGCAUGUAUAUUAUUUGUGUCUGUGGUCCAGUGUGUGGCUGUUGGGUGGGCCUUUGGGGCUGAACGGAUGCGUGACGCAGUGGAAGCUAUGACGGGACAGAGGCCGUGGGUUCUUUUCAAACUGUGCUGGCGUUACUUCACCCCUCUGAUCUGUACGGUUUGCUUCAUCUGCUCCUUUCUGGACUACCAGCCCCUGACAUCCAGCAGGGGCUACGUGUACCCAGACUGGGCCUACCAUCUGGGCUGGGCCAUGGCCCUCUCCUCUGUAGUUGGACUACCCAUCUGGGCUAUCGGCAAGAUCUGCCUCAUCAAGGGCACCCUCCGACAGCGUCUGUUGGUCCUGUGGUAUCCUGCCAGUGACCCUGGUGGUUCCACAACAAACAAAAGAAAUCUGCUCAGUGAAACAGAGAUGAAACCAAUGUCGGCUCCUUCCCCUGACAUGUUAUGAGUCAGCGUGACUACAAAGACUAUGAAAAACAUCCUUAUAUGAUAUCUUUGCAUAUGAUAUGAACAUGAUGUAACAGUGUGAUGUAGGUGUGCGAUAUGAGCAUCACGUAAUGUUUUCAUUUUUUCCAAAUGGAAGCAGAAGUUGUGAACUUUAUUUACAAAUUAAGAAAAAUAUAUUGUAAAAAUGCUGAAGACUUUUUUAAUUGGCGAUGGUGAAUAUAGAAAACGAAAGUGAUGGAUUCUGUGAAGUGAAGACAGAGAACAGCCUUCUGAACCGACACAGCUAACAUCCCCUGUCUGUGAUUUUCCCGUGUAAAACAGGAGACACGUCUUCUGUUCAUGUGUGUGACCUGAUUUCUCAACUAGGUCAAACAGCAGCGCCACCACCACCGUGCAGGCGGCCAUGUUUUUCACGAACCAUUAGCCUCUGUACAUACUGGGAUGUAUGCAUUUGUGAGAAGGCGAUGGAAGGGAGAAGACUUUAUGUGGUCAGCGUAUCAAAACACGGAGCUGAGCUGAGGCAGUGCUCAACAUUAGUAAUGGUAGCUUCAUCAUGAGUCAUGCUAGAAGUCAGUUCAAAUUC